UUUACAUCGACUAAGUUGUCUGCGUGAGGAUUAAUAUUCUAAUUCGACCAUCGACGCGUUGAGCCCUGAACGCGUUCAUCCCCUAAUCUUUCCUCGCCACAUUCAAAAUCUAUAAGAACCACGAAAUCGGGCAAUUCUAUCAUGGCUAGAGCCACUCGUUCAGCCACACAGCAGAAUGAAAAAGAUAAACAGCCAGACCCAGGAGUUUCACAGCGCGCAAAGCAAUCCACAAAGAAACGCAAGCGCGUUUCACUCCCAGACGAUGACCAGCCUGCACAAAAGCAGCAUCGUGCAGAGAAUGGCGUAAAGGAGGAAUCAACAGACGACAAGUUGUCCAAGGGAAAGAUGCCCGAGCUCGACCAUGUAGCCGAUGUCCCUCUAGACACUCCAAUCGCGCAAAAGGUCCUUGAAAUCCUUGAAAUGGUCGACUCUCAAGGUCUUCUCGACCGUGUCUUUCCUCUACCUGCCAUACAUCCAUCCCAACCCUCCACUUCAAAAUCGCAAACGGGAACGUGUUCUCUACGUACCCUCCUCAGUGAUUCAUCACAGCACCCACUCAGGGUGCUGCAUUCCGCAGUCCAGAAUCUAUUUCCAGAGGUGCAUCACGCGAGGUCUCGUCCAUCCUCUGCUGCUGCACUGCAACUGCGCUUUUGUAAUCUUGCUAUCUCCCUCCUCAACCAAGCAUCCUUCCACUCCGUUCCGCUGCCGCUUGACAUCGAAUCCAUAAUACCAGUCAAUCCAGAGCCGUGUGUUGCAGAUGCACCACCUCUCAACCUGAGCCUCCCUGACAAAAUAUCUCAUACCGGACAGGGUAAGAAAUAUGCCCUUAUGCAACGCCUCCCAUCCGGCACCUGGUGGUCAUCCCUCGGCUCAGACCUCUUAACUGACUCAAAAGAGUUCAAAGACCUCCAAACUGCCAACGCAGAACUUGUUGCCAUCCUCCCCUCACCUUCGUCUCUUGCACACUCUGAUGACACCUCCAAGUCGACUAUCACUCUUACAGACACGCAGGCUCCAAUGACGCUGGGUGCCUAUGUACCGAAGAAGCCUCCAGGGCAUCGGUCGAAGCUCCUCGGCCCUCGGCACGUGAGCUGCGGGUCAUUUUUGGACUAUGGUCCCUAUGCAAGCUUCGCUCCGACCUUUGAUCAGGAAGGAGUGGAGAUUGGAAGAGAGGCGCUUGGGGAGGUCUUGUGGAGAUGGGAGGAUAGGAAGAAGCGUUGGGCUACUGAGAAAGCGCGUGCUGCUGAGGAGGCUGCACAGUGUUCGCCCAUGGCGGGGUUGGAGGAAGACAAGGAAGAGCAUAAUAACGUCAUCGACCCGUCACUUGAGGAGAGUCUUGAUGAUGAUGAAGAGGCUUUGGAGGGCUUGCUUUCAAAAGAGCAGAUUGCCUCCCUGAAAUCUGUCCUCAAGAGCUUAGAGUUAGAGAAUGCCAUUCAGGAGCUGUUAGAUCGGAAUACGAAAGCUCUUAGGCGGUUGGAAGAGCUUCAGAGACAACGGCUGAUGAAAGAUGGGGGAUUUCAUCCAGUCGAAGAAGGAUCAGAAGAGUGGGAUACUGCUCAAAGCAUUCUCGAGUCACUCACCUUGCUGGCAUCACUACGACCUCGACAGUCGGGAAGUGCUGAUGUACCACUCAUUCCCUCCACAGCCACACUUCACAAACUACAUCGCACGCUCCCUGUUGCACCCUCACAAGGCUGGCAUGGUACCCUACCUACAGGUCGUACAACAGCUCUUCGCGACAACUCAACACUGUACAUCAAGUCCACCGCUACCGCAGUGCCCUCUCUACCAUCAGCCACGCCUACGCCAGUCCCUGCAACAGCCGCUACUGCUACACCAGCUGCCGCAACAGCCGCAGUUGCACAGAACUACCAGUACUCGUAUAACUAUGCAGCUGCAGGCUACCGCGGGAGUUAUCAGUACAAGCCAGGACAGACACCCUCCUACUACCCCGCUUCAUAUGGCACACAGGGACAGACCCAAGCUGCCACGCAAUAUUAUGCUAAUCAGCAAUACGCAACAUCAGGGCAACAGCAAUACGCCUACUCUUCCUGGUAUCAGUAUCAACCUCCAACCCAAGCUGCUGCCGCCAGCACUAGUACGACAACUGCUCCGGGAACACCUCAGACGGGUGCAGUUGCAGCAGCAACUACACCUGCAACCCCAUCUGCAACGAUUCCAACGAGUUAUGCAGGGUUUUUCAGUAAUACUGCACAGGCUGGACAGCGCGCAGUAGCGAACACUGUCACCGCAAAACCACUCCAGGCUGCUGCAGGCACAAUUUGGGGCACAGGAACAGCUGGCGCGAGUGGCUACGUUCCUCCAACGCUCCCUCCGCAUAUGCGAACCGCUGCUGCAGGCGGUACCGCACAGCAAGGGGGGUAUACUUACCAGCCUAAUUAUUAUGGGGCGUAUCAGGCUCAACCUCAGGUUUCGACUGCUGCGUCUCCUGCCCAGUAACAGCAAUGAUGGGUGUUUUGAUCUUUUGUUUUAUGUCUUAGUUUCAAAAUUAUAUUUUUCUUUCGUUUGCUGUGUGCCCCGCUUGGUGUGGUUUAAACUGGGUGGGGGUACAAUAUGAGCUAUGCCGUGGUAGUAGAUUGUUGUGAUAAUUAAUAAUGAUUAAUUGGAGCUUGGAGGUUUG